AGUACACUUGACAUAAUCAUACAAAGAGAACAGAGAGAGAGAGGGAGAGAGAGAGUAAGAUUCACGAGGAGAUGGGGAAGUUAGAGGAGUACAAGCCAGUAAUGGCGAUGACUGGGAUUCAACUGUGUUACGCAGGAGUGACUCUUUCUGCAAGAGCUACUUUGGUUAAUGGGUUAAGCCCUCGCGUUUUUAUCUUCUACAGGCAAGCCUUUGCAACCAUUUUCAUCUUCCCAUUUCUCUACUUCUCAAGGAGAAAAUCAAAGAUAUCUUCUUUGGAUCUAAAGAGCUUUUCUUUAAUAUUCUUGGUCUCGCUUAUAGGCAUUACAAUCAAUCAAAACCUGUAUCUUGAAGGUCUUUACUUAUCUUCAUCGUCGAUGGGAAGUGCUGUGGGCAACAUCAUCCCUGCAAUAACCUUCAUCGUCUCAUUUCUCGCGGGAUACGAGAAAGUGAACCUUCGGAAUAGGAGAGGCUUAGCAAAGAUUCUAGGGACGAUCCUCUGUGUAGCCGGAGCGACCUCCAUGACUCUGCUUCGUGGACCAAAGAUUCUCAACUCAGAAUCCGUCUUACCGAUCGCUAAAUCGUUACUAGGUGAUUUGAAAGACCAGAAGAUGUGGCUGUUUGGUUGUUUGUUCUUGUUCUCUAGCACUCUUUGCUGGUCCUUUUGGCUUACCCUUCAGGUUCCAAUCUCUGCCUAUUAUCCAGAUCACCUCUCUUUAUCAGCAUGGAUGUGUUUAUUCGGAACUAUACAAUGUGCAGUUGUCACUUUCUUCCUUGAGAAAGACCCAAACGCUUGGAUUCUCCAUUCCUACUCCGAGUUUGUGACAUGUCUCUAUGCAGGAGUUGGGGCGUCAGCACUUUCGUUUACGGUCCAAGCUUGGGCUAUAUCGAAGAGAGGUCCUGUGUUCUCUGCUUUGUUUAAUCCUCUCUGUACAGUCAUUGUCACAAUCUUGGCUGCUCUGUUCUUUCAAGAAGAGAUUUACACUGGAAGUUUAAUCGGAGGAUUAGGAGUGAUAAUGGGGCUUUACAUUGUGCUAUGGGGUAAAGCAAAAGAUGUCAUGAUGAAUCAAGAACAGAGAGACAAUCAAAACAACUCAGAAGUGAAGAUUCAUAUCGAAGAUUUGUCAAAUACAACAAACCGUAACAAAGAUCUCGAGAAUCCCCUUCUGACCAAACAGAAAUCAACUGAAGAAAUCCAAACACAGCAAAACUGAUUCAUGAUUUUUUUUCGUUCUUCUGUUUCUAUGUUUGCUCUAAUAAACGUAAAAAAAAAAUGAUUUAUUAAUGAAAAUAAAGUCCGGUACUGAAUAAGAAGCAUACUCGAACGUGUUCUUGUCCUAACCGGCGAAUCCAUUAGAACGGGCAUAACUGUCUUCUCUCUUGUUGUUCCUGACGGCGCAACAUCCCAUAGCGUAGACGAUAAUGAGGAUUACAAGGAAGACGAUGUCGACAAUAGCAACUACUUUCCAUGAGGCCUUGAGGUUGUCGAUAAAACCGGCCUUGCAGGCUUUGCAAUUGUAGCAGAGCUUGUCUUUUUUGUUGUCCCAAGUUUGGCAAUCUGGGUUUGUCUGUGUUCCUUCUGUUUUGUUCCAAGUCGUUGGGUUUAUGUAGGUGAAGUUGCAGUCAUUAGAAGGCUUGCAGCAACCAGACUCAAGAGAACCGAGAUAUAGAUUGUAGAAAUCAGAAGCAGGCUCAUGACCAGAGAGAAUCUCCAAGGGCUUACAGAUCUUGCUCUCGUAAAGACAGCUUCGAAUGUUCUUCCAAUGCUUAGCGUUGCUCACACGCUUCUGCAGCCAAGCUGAGUAAUCCUCGAGCCUAUACUCUUUAUAAGCCUUUCCAGGGAUGGAUACGCCUGAGCCUUUACUGGUGACGGCGAAGGCGAAGAUGGUGAAGCAGAGGAUGAGGAGGAUUAAGACGAACAUCACGAAGAGGUAGAACCAGAGGAGCC